AUGUCAGUGGACGAAUUGCUGGCAGGAAAGAAACACGUGGUCUGUCACCUAGGUAACAAGCCAUACAGGUGCAUUGUGGACAAUUGUGGCAUGAAGUUUGCAUCUCAGGUUAUGCUGAAUCGACACGUCAACAAACAUUUUGCUGCCAAUCUUGCUCAAGGUAAAAAUACAAAAUCAUUUUCAAAUGGGAAUGGCAAAGGGGGUAGGAGUAGAAAUGGUACAUCAAGUGCUGGAGAUAACAAUGACAGUGGGGCAAAGCCGCAAAGAAAAAGAAGGUCUAGGAAAAUUAAAACUCGCCAAGCUCCAUCUGCGGUGCAGAGGGACCUCUUCGAUUCGCUAACCAUGAACUGCAUCCAGAAAUAUCUGGUCAACUUCUCAAAACGAACUCAGGUACAGCAAACCAGCUCAGGUCAAAUCAUCACAUUCCGUUCUGAGGUGAUUGGCUAUCGAACAGAUGCAAACAACGUCAGGUGGUCCCUCAUUUGCUGGUCUCCGAGUCACAUCAUACCAGAUGAAUGGGUGAAGGAUAGCGAAUUAACAUCAAAACAAACUCAGGCCAUACCUCUGUCACAUCUCUCUGGGGACGCCAUUAAAUACUUCAUGUGUCACCAGGAUUAA